CCCAAACUGACACUUCUGUUUACGUUCGAGUUCCCGCCAACCAGCUAGCGUCCGGGACGUCAUGACGCAUUUCCGCUCCCUCUUCCUGCUCCGGGUCAUCAACGUGGUUCCUGAUGUUUUCAAACGUGCAGCGUUAAAUACAAAUCUGAGUUUUUUUCUGUCCCACUGUCAAAUGGGGGAGUUUAAAGUGCACCGGGUCCGCUUCUUUGACUACAUGCCCAGCGCCAUCCGGGCCAUGGCCUUCAACAGCCACACGGAGCGGCUGGCCGUGGCCCGAGCUGAUGGAGCCGUGGAGAUCUUUCACUUUGCUGACAACUACUUCCAGGAGAAGGUAAUCCCAGGGCGGGACAGGAGAGCCAUCGAGGCUCUUUGUUGGGUGGGCCAUCGUCUAUUCAGCGCUGGUUUGGACGGGGAGGUCACAGAGUAUGACCUGGAGAACUUGAGGGCCCGAUACAGCAUUGAAGCAUAUGGAGGACCAAUUUGGGCCAUCAGCAGCAACAGCCAGGGGACGCUGCUGGCGGCUGGGUGUGAAGACGGAACUGUGAAGAUGUUUGAAAUCCUGGAGGAGAGGAUUCAGUUUCAGAGAAACCUUAGCAGGCAGAACGGUCGGAUCAUAUCUCUGUCCUGGCAUCCGUCUGGUGCACUGAUAGCAGCAGGAAUGAUGGACAUGGUCAGGAUCUUUGAUACGGAGACGGGCCACGCCACACACAGGCUGCUGGUGGAGCGAGGUGUGGGAGCCUCUAAGAGCAGGGAGGUGGUGGUUUGGAGUGUCGCCUUUUUGUCCGACUAUACCAUCAUUAGUGGUGAUUCUGUAGGAAAGGUCCAGAUCUGGGAUGGGUUAACUGGAACUCUGAUCAGAACCCAUCUGGUCACUAAGUGGGACGUCCUGGCUCUGUCCAUUUCACAGGAUGAGAGCAGCGUGAUCGCUGGGACGUCUGAGGGAACCAUUGUCCAGUUUCAGUUCAUCUCCUCCACCGUGGGACAGCAGGACAAGCACUGGGUCCGUACCAGGACCUUUAAGAACCAUUCGCAUGAUGUGAGGGCGCUGGUUCACACCGACACGGCUGUGGUUUCUGGAGGUAUGGACACCCAGGUGGUAGUGAGACCCCUGCUGGACAAAGUGGAGAAGAACACCCAGGAGUCGGCACUUCGCAAAAUUGCUUUCCCACAUAGAAGCCUCGUUAGUUGUGCAAAGAAAACAGGACUUCUGCUCUUCCAGUUCCCGGAUCAUUUGGAGCUGUGGAGGCUUGGAGAGAGCGACGGAAACGGAACACCCGGGGAGAGUCUGCCUGUAAAGAGGAACCCAGAGAAACUGAUCCAGCUGAAAAGGAAGGGAGAGGAUCAUAUCUGCUGCAGCACAUUGUCUCCAUGUGGAAGCUGGUUAGCUUACUCCACAGUCUCCAGCGUUUGUCUCUACAGACUGCAGCUCAGCAGCAACAACAUCAGCAUCCAGAAGGUGUCCAAACUGCCCAAAGAACUGCGCUCGGUCCAUCAGCUCUGCUUCUCUUCGGACUCCUCCAGACUGUUCGCGUCCUCCAGUCUCUCCUCCGUCAUCGUUGUUGCUCUCGAUCAGACGGAGUGUAAAUACCUUCACACCCUCAAACAUAAGUCUGGUUCCAAACAGCCGAUCCACAUCCUGUCUCCCAGUGAAGACGGUCAGUGGCUCGCUACAGCAAACACAGGCUGUGAGAUCCACGUCUUCAACCUCCGCAAGAUGAAGCUGCACUGCUCGGUCCCGGCCUACAGCUCCUGUCCCACAGCCGUCUCCAUCCACCCAACGAGCUGCAACCUUCUCUCUGUGCACGCUGACCAGCAGAUCUUUGAGUUUUCCCUGAAGCAGAAGGAGUACACCGAGUGGAGCCGGCAGCUGCAGAGACAAGGACUUCACCCCCUGUGGCUGCAGAGGGACACUCCCAUCACCCGUGUCACGUUCAACCCAAAAAAUCCAGCGCACAUCGUGCUGCAUGACACGUUCAUGUUCUGCAUCAUUGACCAGAGUCUGCCUCUUCCUGAACCAGAGACGAAGCUUUACAAUCAGAUGCUCCUCCGGAGUCUUCCUCAGCCGCUGCGUCUCAGAGAGAGCCACGCCUUCAAGAUCUGCAAGAACUACCAGCACCUCCUUUCUGUGAACCUGCUGGAGGACCUCUCGCUGGUUGUAGUGGAGCGCCCCCUACUGGACAUCAUGUCUCAGCUCCCUGCUCCUGUCCGGCAGAAGAAGUUUGCCACCUAAAGUCUUGCAACUAAUCGUUAUCGUGCUCUGUUGAUGUCUCCAGUUUGUUGAAGUUUUGAUGCAAUAAAAGAAAUAAACUGAAAA